AUGGACAUCAUCAACGGCGCCGUGCUCCCGCGCUACCACGCCGCCGCCCCCGUCACGGGCGCUGCGGCGGCUUCCGUCGCCGACGCGAGGGUCAGCGGCCACCUCCAGCUGCUCCGGCGCGUGCGCCUCGGAGGAACCGGAAGCGCUUGCGCCGGGCUGCAGGCGACGACCCGUAGGUUCUUCUCCUCGCUGCCGCAGCGGCACGGGCACGGGAGGACCAUCGGCUGGCCGGCUCGCUGCACCCUCGGCGGCUCCUCCUCCGACGGCGACGGCGAUGGCGCCGCCGCCGCGGACUUCGACGCCAGCGGGGGAGUUCGUCGACUCCAGCGUCAUGGAGGCCGGUUGGUAUCCAUCUCUUUUAUUUCAGCAUUAUUAGGAGCACAGCACGUCCAUUGCUUGUCUGGUGCUCAACAAAAUCCGUGCUUGCUUGCCGCAGUUGAACUCAGGAGCAUGUCGGACGGCGGUUUCGUCAUCAAGAUGCGCGACGGCAAGAACCUGAGAUGCGUGCAGAACAACCCUCGAGUGCUCAGGCUCCGGGACUCGGCGCCGCACCACGCGAUUGUGCUCAAGAUGGAAGACGGCAGCGACCUUCUGCUCCCCAUCAUCGUCAUGGAGACGCCGAGCAUCAUGUUGCUGGCUGCGCUUCGGAACAUCCGAAUUCCAAGGCCAACUAUCUAUAAUGUGGUAUUGGAGAUGACUGCAAGGAUGGGAUAUGAGGUGCGUUUGGUGCGGAUUACAGAAAUGGUCCAUGACGCAUACUAUUCUCGACUAUAUCUUGCAAAGAUUGGGAAUGACCAAGAUACUAUUAGUUUCGACCUCAAGCCAUCGGAUGCUAUCAACAUUGCUUUCCGUUGCAAGGUCCCUAUACAAGUUAACAGGCGUAUUGCAUAUAACAAUGGAUUGAAAGUCGUACAACCAAAGGCGGCUGAGAGUUACGUAGGCUCUGACGACAUUCAAAUCACAAGGCUUGACAGGCCUGAUGACCAACAUUGCAGUGAGGCCCAAGAGUUUGAUUUGGUCCGGAAUAUGCUCAUCGCUGCAGUGGAAGAACGCUACAAAGAUGCUGUUUUACUUUGA